ACACUUUUUAUUACUAUAAAAAAAAACUCUUGUAAAAAGAAAUUAAUGACCCUAUGAAUGAACACAUAUCACGAGAAUUUAAGUUAGUAGUUGCUGAAGGUUUUACCUCGAUCAAGCACAAUCAAAGUGGCGAAAGCAUUUUUAUAGGAGGUAUUGGGGGAAGUUUAAUAGAAUUUAAAAACUAUGACGACCAAGAUCCUUUUAUUUGGGAAGCCAGUGAUGAUGUGAUUUGCCUAGCUUGCAAAAAUAAAAGGUUGGUCGUAGGGACUGAGGAUCAUAAAGUUAUUUUAUUCGAUCUUAACACUGUUCAAGAAGAUCGUGAAAACUCGGCCAAGUUGUUAACUAAAUUUGAAUGUCCUGUACGCUGUUUAUCACUUGAUGCUUCUGGCACCUAUGUCGCUGCAGGCUCUGAUGACUCCACUAUUAAAAUUCUGGAUUUAAAUAACAAAGAAAACAUUACUGAACUCAGCGGUCAUCAAAACUCUAUACGCUCUCUGGCUUAUGAUCCUUUAGGAGAAUUUUUACUGAGUAGCAGUUGUGAUGGAACGCUUCGAGUAUGGAAUUUGCGUAAGAGCGGCUGCCUUGUUGUUAGCUUGGAUAUACUAGAAAAAAUUUCUGAUCCAGAACUUGCUAUUGAUGUUGGUACAGUGGAAUGGCAUCCAGAAGGUGGCAAAUUUGCAGUACCAUCCAAAAAUGAAAUUCACGUUUAUCAAAGGGACGCGUGGAAGCUUCUUUAUAAACUACAUUCCACUGCCGGUCACUCCAAAGCAGUUUCUGUUAUCAAGUGGAGUUUUGAUGGGGCGUAUCUCGCCAGUGCGAGCGUGGAUGGCCACAUUCUCAUAUGGGAUCAGAAGACCUGCGAGCCUAUCUGCAGUUGCAACCGCUCCGUCAACUACCGCGUGACCGAUUUUGAUUGGCAUCCAUCUGGCCGCAGCAUUGCUAUUGCUAGCUAUAAGGGCGGGUGGUCUGUAUGGGAAGGCGUUGUUCCUGCCAAGUCAUUAUUGUUAAGCUCCCACCACAGCAAAGAGGAUCUUAAAAAGAGGCCCUCCCCUUUUAGCGUGCCCAACGGACUGCCUCCCACCACCUCUCGCCGGUACUCACCCGACCUUGGAUCCAUUACUGGUUCUAGCGGUGUCAUUGAGGAAGAAGCUUUGGAGCACGUGAGCGAAGCAGACGACAUGAGUGACUUUAUAGUGGACGACUUAACCGAAGAGCCGGAAACAUUCGCCCAACGACCUCGUGCUCUCGUAGCUGUGAAAGAGCAAAGCGUUUUUCAGCCUAGCAGUAGCCCCAUGCAGAACCAUCGCCGUUACAUGGCGUGGAACAUGAUUGGCGUAGUCGUCCAGAGGGAGGUAGACGGGCGCUCAUUGAUCGAUAUUGAAUUUCAUGACGUGACUUCCAAGAGAAACAUUCACUUUACUGAUCACUACGGAUUUACCAUGGCAGCGUUGGGGGAAAAUGGCGCCGUUUUCGCUUGUCCAGGCGACUUGGACUCCAGCAGCUGUCUUUAUUAUAAGCAGUUUGAUUCCUGGGAGCUGAACGAAUGGACAAAUAAAAUCAGCGCUUCGGAUAAUAUCAUCAACGUGGCCGUCGGAAGCGAGUUUUGCGCGGCUGCCACUCAGAAGAGAUUCGUGCAUAUCUUUUCGCUUUCAGGCCUUCUCGUUCAGACGCUUUGCAUGCCUGAAGAUAUAAUUUGCACAAGCGGUUAUAAUAAUAAACUGUGCGUCGUGUACCGCGCUGCUUCCGGCGCCCCCUUGAAAUUUUUGCUCUACCGGUUUUCUGCUAAACUGGCCUGCGAGAUUCUUUCCAGAGAUGAAAUAGCGCUCUCGACCAAUAGCACGCUUCAUUGGCUGGGCUUUUCGCAAAUCGGGCUUAUCGCCACCUGUGAUUCGCAGUUCAUUGUGAGAGUUUACAAUUGUAAGAGUGGCUGGGUGCCGGUAGUCGACUGCAAAGAAACCACUGAGCACUCCGAAACCAAUGGCUAUUGGUUGGUGGGUCUCACCGACAGCUACUGUAUGACUGUAGUUCUUCUUGGCGGAAGAGCUCAUCCGCCAGUGACUCCGCGCCCUGUAAUAACACCAGUUGCCUUGCUGCCUACUGGAAUACAAGAUAUGGAAUCCCUGGAGGCCCAAUACUUCAAAACUAGAUUUGUGAAUGGCGCUUUUGCAAACUCGGAUGGCAAGUAUACCAAGAUUACGCAAGAACGAAUUCAGCAAAUGCAGACUCAAGAGGACACGUGCCUUCUAAAGUUAAUUCAGUUGGCGUGUAAGCAAGACAAACUCAUGCGCGUGCUGGAUCUGGCUUCCUUGUUGAAUCUUCCAAAAGCUGUAAGCAUUGCCAUCCAGAUCGCCCAGCAUGACAAGCAGCAAUCUUUGGCUCAAAAACUUGGUGAACUUCAGGAGAAAAAUCGAGAGAAAUUGGACGAUUCUGCUGUCGAACGCGAUAUGCAAAGCGUUUACAGUACGUUGCAGAAGAGCAUGGACGAGCAGUAUAACCAUCUGCGCGCAGAGCAGCAAGCACAAAGGCAGUCAAUCGAGGACACGAGAGUUUUACUUUCCGAGCAGCGAAGCCGAUUGGAUACUUUUAUAGAAUCAGCUUUAAACACACCAAUAAUUUCCUCCUACGACACAAGCAAUUUUUCCGAGCCAGUAAGAAAAGAGAUACCAAUGAAGGCCAAUCCCUUUAAAGAAAGUUGGUCGUCGCACGUUGAAGACGCGCUGCCGGGCGAGAAUAUUUUUGAUAAAAUUCAUUCGGCAACCUCUGCAAAUGCCAAUAAACGCUCCCAUACGCAUAAGCCCCUCCAGAAAGGCGGCUGCGGCAAGCUGCGCAAUAGCAGCCUUAGCCACUUUCUUAAGCCGGAAAGUCUCACCUCGUCUGUAGACUCUUCUUUAACAGAGCCUUUUCUCAAGAGCACCGAUUCUGAAGCGGAUGAUCUUUUCUUGUCUCAGCGUAAAAAAAGGGGCAAAGGAAGAACGUUUAUUGAUUUUGAUGGGAGCGGAGAUGAAAGCUGUAAGAGAAUUUAUCAAGAAGUAGAGCUAAAUGGAACUGAUCAGGAGCUUUAGUUUUUUGAAGUAAAGUCAACUUGGAAGACUUUCCUAAACUAGAUUCGAUGCCGCUGAAAAAGACUUUUUCUUUGUGAAGAUAAUAA